CUUGCAUGAUUUUUGUAAUAUGUUUCAAACAUGCUUGUGGAAUGUUGCAAAUCGCCAGGUAUAAAAAAAAAUAAAAAAUCAGUACACACGUUUGGAUUUUUUAGACAACAUCUUACUUAAUAUCUCUGAAGAAUUGAUCUACGAAAGGGAGUGAUAGACAAAUAGGAAGAAAGAGAGAAGAGAGUGGGAGGAAGAGAAAAAGGGAGAGAAAUAUAAUUAAAAUAAUGGAAUUUUUACAGUUACCGUAUCAGGCGAUCAAUGGAGAUUGAAACUCGACAAGAGAUUAAGCAGAGCUGUCGAUUUAUAAAGCAGGAAAUCACGAUUUAUAAAGGCAUUCUUUCCGCCAUUGAUAUGCAUCGAAAAACUUUAAAUUUUUGCGAGUGUAUACUAUCCCCGUUUAAAUUUACACUGUGUUUCUCCGAAAUUCUCGCUGUGAUAUGUUUGAGCUUGAACAUGUUUCAAGUUUUUCAGAUUGUUGCGUUUGGUGGUAAAAUCGAGGAGUUUUGCUUAUAUUUCGCAUACAUAAUUCCCAUUCUUGUAUAUAUGUUUAUUAUAAAUUACUUAGGCCAAGAAAUUACAGAUCACAAUGACAAUGUAUUUCUCAGCAUAUACAAUGUUUGUUGGUACAUAGCACCACUAAGUAUACAAAAAUUGAUAUUAUUGCUGUUGCAAAGAGGCAAUAAACCGUACACCUUGUCUGUUGCUGGAUUGUUUGUUGCAUCUUUAGAAUUUUUUGCCAAAUUGAUAAAUAUGUCGUUAUCUUACUUUACUGUUAUGUACAGCGUCCAGAAAUGA